UCCAGAGGAGUCAGUCAAGUACUUUGGCGAGCGUUUCACUUCGCUCGAGGUGUUUCCUGUGAUGUUCAUCGGACUUUAUUUUUGUUUCUGUUUUUGACAAGGUGAGGCGGAAGCGGCUCGUUCGUGAGGAAUCAACCUGUUCCAUGUUUCCCGUUUUGCUUCGACCAUCUGAAAACGACCGGAUCAAGGACAAUCAUGUGUCAUCAACUCAUAUGGGAGUGUAACAAAUCCUCACAGUGACCGCUCGACCCAAUGAAAUGGACCCAAGCUGAUGCCCCAAGGCCCCAGUCUGCCCUCCCUUGGCCUUGCUGGCUUGAGAUGGCAGCGUGUCCGGAUGUGCCAGCCGUACCUGGAGCUGUGGUUGGGAGCGUUUUACUGCUGAUACUGAGCAAUAAUCCUGUGUGGGGGAAUAGUACCACUGCUGCAAGUGUCACACGCCCUAACAAUGCAACGGGACCCAAUAUUGCAGCUAUCGUGGCCCCUACAGUCACCCUGGGUGUUCUGGCCAUAGUCUUGGCUGUUCUCGCCUGGCUGUUCUGUGUGGUGAAGAAGAAGAGGCAGACUGAAGGGACGUACAGACCCAGUGCUGAGGAGCAAUCUGGUGCACGCAGCGUGGCCGCACCGGAUGCACUGAAGUUACCGAAAGAGGAAAGACUCAUAUGAGAUUUUGGGGCUUUUUGUUUCUUCAAAAAUCCUGAAAAGACAGAGGGCUGCCUGCAUGGCAGCGUUCCUGUGUGACCAAGCUCUCGCCUUUGAGCUAAUCAGUGAAAGAAAAGUUCCUCCGGGUUCCAGAGAGAACAAAGACUGAUCAUUGAAACUCCAUAGCGCAAUGCAUUUACUUUCCGCUCCAUUUCAACAAGCACUGAAUCACUUCUGCAUGGUACGGAUCCAUCGCCUUGUGGAUUUAACUUUGAAGAAUUCAAAGAGGUCUGAAUAUUGAUUCUACACAAGUAAAACAGGAGCCGCAGUAUUUUAUCAGCACUAACAACUUUAGUUUAGAGAUGCUUUAUUUUCUCAGUUGCCUUAAUACACAAUUCACAAUGUAGCUGUAUUUUAUUCAAUUGUAGUCUGUUAUGAAAUCACUUUUUCAUUGGCAAAAACUACGCUGAUCUUUUACCUCAAACUCUUUUUCAGUCCAUCCCAUUUGAGAAGAAUAUGAAUGCACAGAUGUUUUUUAAAAUAUAUAUUUAUGUGUCCUACGGAUGUAAUUAAACAUCUUGUCAUAGUGCAAAUACUCUUGAUUUUAAGGAACUUGCGCCUUGAUCUUAAAAAAGAGGUUCUACUUGGGAAUCAUACCAAGCAAAAGCAAGCAGCUGUUUACACUUUAAGUAUUCUGUAAGUAAUUCUACAAAUUUCAAGCCACAUUAUUUAAACAUUUCAUCAGAUCAUCCAUGAAGCACGUGAUUUAUUGUAAUCUAGAAGAUAUGUUUUACAGCGUCACGGCAUGUUUAUUUAUGCUUUUGUCAAAUAAAUAUUCUAUAAUAUUUGUGUAAUUAAACUUUAUGAAGCAUU